AUGUCAUGGGAGCUUUGGGGAGACGGUGGCGGAGGGUUCUUCUUCCUUCUAAAAGUACACGGUGGCGCUACAAUAGCAUCAACGGAAGGCCAGUCACCCGCUGGAACACCCGUUAUCUUCGUUCCUAGAAUUCAGGAGAAGAGUGAUCGGUGUGAACCAAAGCCUCAAUCUCGAUUCACUAAACUUCGGCAUGGUAAGCCUGAACAGGCUGAACUGCGUCUCGUGGUUUGGUCAACAGUCAUGGGGUGUGAGGUGUCGCGGCGCGGAAGCGACGUUCUCUUGGCCAACGGCGAUACGAAGGCUGAAUGUCCCGUCUCGUUCUCGCCACCACAGGCCGACAGCGCCUCCGACAGGGCGCAAGCGAUGGAAGGGGUUGGCCGGCCCGUUGCUCGGGAUGCCGGCACGUGA